CACCGCGCAACAAAAAGUCUCCGCUAUCCUCUUCCCCUCUGCUCUCGAUCCUCCCCUCCCUCCCUGCCUCCCUCCUCGGCGCUCCGCCGGCUUCGUGCUCCCUGCGUUCGCCGCGCGCGCGAGCGCGACCGAUGGCGUCCGGCGACAGCAAGCCGAGGAGCGAGGAGGAGUGGCGUGCCGUCCUCUCCCCCGAGCAGUUCCGCAUCCUCCGCCUCAAGGGCACCGAGUUACCGGGAACAGGCGAGUACAACAAGUUCUACGGUGACGGGGCGUACAACUGCGUUGGCUGCGGAACGCCCCUGUACAAGUCCACCACCAAAUUCGACUCCGGCUGUGGCUGGCCGGCCUUCUUCGAGGGGCUCCCUGGAGCCAUACACAGGACGCCUGACCCUGAUGGUAGGAGGGUAGAGAUCACAUGCGCAUCUUGCGGCGGGCAUUUGGGACAUGUGUUCAAGGGAGAAGGCUUCAAGACGCCUACCGAUGAGCGCCACUGCGUCAACAGCGUUUCCAUCAAGUUCACUCCUGCCUCCUCCUGAAUCCGGCCAGUUCUCGAGUCAUCUGGAUGAACUUGUUUAAACAAAUGCAUAAUAAUGAUUAGGUUCCAGAAUCCGUUCUCUCGAAGUUGUGUGGAUGAAUUUCCCUGAUCUGAAACUGCGGAAAGCAGGUAAAUAAAACAUGGAUAGGAUCUUGCAAGUUUCUACUGUUAACCAGGCUAUGAUCUUGUAA